AUGCUAGGAUACACACAACUAUUUCAACCGAAAGGAUCCCUUCUUUCUCAUUUCAUAGCUCCCGUUAUUUUUCGAGACACUCACGAGUUUUUUUAUGUAUUUAUUCUUCUUUCUCCCCUUCUUCUUUUUAUUACAUUUCUGUUCAUUUUUACCUUAUUCUAUUUUUUCUUUUUCUCCUUCUUUCACUACUUCCUUUUUUUUCCCUUUAGCCUUCUAAUAAGUUGUCAUCCCACCAAUUUCUAUACCGGCCUCAACUCACCCGGCCCGACCAUAAAACUACUGGAUCGGUUGAUAAAUUUAAAGCUCAUAUCGCGUAUCCACCAUUACUUUCGUCGGUCUUGCAUUGUUUUCAUUCUUUCCUGUUAUUCUCCCUUCCUUUCAACCAGCCAGCCUGUUACCCUUCUUUCUUUUCUCUCUCUCUCUCUCUCUCUCAUUCUUUUCGUUCUUCUUUUGUUACUUUUUUCUUUCUUUCCUUCAUUAAUUCAGUUUUUUCUUCUCCCCUAUUUCUUCCACUUUUUACCUGAUCAUCUAUUCUUACUGCUGUUUUUCUCCUCCCUCUGUGAUGUUAUCUUUAUCUCCCUUUUCUUUUGUUCCUCUUCCCUCUACUCAUCUAUUUUCUCUCUCUGUAUAAUGCUUGCUACGUUUUCUAAUCUUUCUCUCGUUGUUUCUUAUUCAGUUCAAAACAAAAUAUUUCUAUCUUUUUUUUUCUUACUCUGUGUCUCCGUGGACCAUUCAGUUCAUUUUUCUUACAUUUUCUAUUCAUUUUCUAUCUUCACUCAUUUUUCUUAUUAUUUUCGCAUUCUCUUCUCUUCACCUUUUCCUUCAUUUCCUUUUAAUGUUCAUUUUUUUCUCUCUUUCAUCUCCUCUUUUUUCUGGUGUUAUUUUAUCAUCUUCUUUCUUAUUUUUUUUUUCUUUUCUGGUACCCCUCUCUUUGUUUCUUACUUGCCUUUUCUCUCUUUGCCUCUCUCUUCCGGUCCGCGUAUAAUCUUUACUUUUAUCCACUCUCUCAAUAUCCCUAUUUUCAGAGCUUUUAUUUCAUUUUUACAUCCCCCAUAUUUAUUUCUUUUCCUUCUCCCCCCCACUCUCUCUCUCUUUUCCUUCUCUCUUCCAAUUCUUUCAUACAUUCUCAAUUUUUUCGUUCUCCAUCUCUUCUUUCUUUUUUCUUUCUUUCAUAUUUUCAUUAUCCUAUUUCUUUCUUUCUUUUUACUUUCUUUCUUUCUUUCUUUCUUUUUGCUUUCUUUCAUAUUUUCAUUAUCCUAUUUCUUUCUUUCUUUCUUUUUUACUUUCUUUCUUUCUUUUUUCUUUCUUUCAUAUUUUCAUUACCCUAUUUCUUUCUUUCUUUCUUUCUUUCUUUCUUUCUUUCUUCUACAGUCUGUUUCCUUCUUUCAUUGUUCUAUUACUUUAUUUAAAAUUCAUGUGGGCUUUCUUCCCUUGUCCUCGAUUUAUCUUUUUUCAUUCUCCACUUUGUUCUUUCUUUCUUUCUUUCUUUCUUUCUUUCUUUUCUUCUACAGUUUAUUUCUUUGUUUCAUUUUUCUAUUCCUUUUUAUAAAUUCAUUUGUGCUUUUACCCUUGUUCUUGAUUUUACUUUCUUCAUUCUCCACUUUCUUUCUUUCUUUUCUCUACACUUUGUUUCCUUCAUUUUUCUAUUUCUUUCUUUUUCCAUUCAUUUUCGAUUAUAUACUUCUUUCUUUCUUUCUUUCUUUCUUUCUUUCUUUCUUUCUUUCUUUCUUACUCUUAUAUUGUUUACUCUGGGUAUAUUUCCUUUUCUUCUUUAAUUUGACGAUUUCCUUCUUUUAUUCUGCUCUUUUGUUUUUUCCCGCUUUCUCUCUUUCGAUAUUUAUUUACUUCAAUAUUGUUGUUUGCUUUCUUUCUAAUACAAUUUUUACAAAUACGAUUUUCUUUCUUUCUUUCUUUCUUUCUUUCUUUCUUUCUUUCUUUCUUUCUUUCUUUCUUUCUAAUGAGUUUUUUCUUCAUUUUCCACCCUGA